AUGGCCUUCAUCGAGUACAACACCAUCAUGACCGCCUUCGACACUCCCAGCGCUGUCACCGGCGAGGGCGGCCUGAAGGAGGACUACAUGCCGGGAGACCUCGGCUUCGACCCCCUCAACCUCAAGCCCGACGACGAGGCGGCUCUGGACGUGAUGAAGACCAAGGAGCUGAACAACGGCCGUUUGGCCAUGAUCGGCAUCGCCGGCAUGUUGGCGCAGGAGCUGGUCAACCCGGCCGACAUCCUCGGCUAG